UUUUCAGUGCUCUUUUUUAUUUCGUGCUUAUAUAAAGUUGCUUUACGCUCGUUGCAUCUUGAUUAAUUAGAUUGCUUUUUUCUAAAAAAGCAAUUUUCGUACUAAACUAAGAAAAAGAUACCACAUAAUAUCAACUAAACAUAUAUUUAGUUUGCAAUCAAUUGUUACUUGAAAUACUUGCUUUUUUAUUUCAAGAGUUAAAAUAACAGAUGUUUUUUUAGAUUAACGAAUAUUUGUGUGUGUGUGUGUGUGUGUGGUAACCUUUUACUAGCCAACAAUCAUCAUUCAGUUAAAUCAAAUCCGGUUCCCGUCUAACAACUUUCUAUCCACGCAAAUAAAGAACGCUCUGGAGUAAGAAGUCAAGUCAACUUAGUUUUUCUUCAGUCGUAAAGACGAGACAAAGUGUGUCGAUCGAACUAAAGUGCAUAUUAAAUACAACAAUAUCGUGAUCGCAUAAAAUGCGGCUCUUCAGUAAAGUGUGUACAAGUAAAGCUCGUCUCGAUGGAAAAACUGUGAUAAUAACUGGAGCGAACACCGGUAUCGGCAAGGAGACUGCUAGAGACUUAUACGCGAGAGGCGCCAGAGUGAUUCUGGCCUGUAGAAAUGUGAAAAAAGCGAACGAUGCUAUUCAAGAUAUAAAGAACAGGCCACCUUCAAACAUUAAUAACAAGAAGUAUCAAGAUAAAGUCGGAGAGCUCGCGAUCUAUUGUCUGGAUCUCUCGAAAUUACAGAGCGUGAGAGAUUGCGCCAAGAAUUUGAUACUAAACGAAGCGGCAAUUCACAUACUUAUAAACAAUGCUGCCGUAGCUACGAUUCCGUACGAGAAAACGGAGAACGGGUUUGAAAUGACAUUUCAGGUCAAUUAUCUCGCCCACUUUCUUCUGACGCUCCUGUUGCUGCCGAAAAUGAUCGCGUCCUCGCCAGGUUGCAGGAUAGUCAACGUUUCGUCGAUCAUACACGGAUUUUUCGAUAUUAAUUUCGACGACAUCUAUACGGGCAGAAAUUACAGAGCGAUGAAAGCUUACAGUCAGAGCAAACUUGCGAGUGUUUUAUUCACCAAGGAACUUGCACGUCGUUUGAAAGAGGCAGAUAUUCACGGGAUAAAUGUGUAUUCGUUACAUCCUGGCAUCAUAGCAACGGAACUAUCAAAAAGCAGCAGUCGCACGAUAAUGCCGGGCGCGUCAGUCUUGUAUAAUUUCUUCGCGAGAUUAUUAUUUCAGAACAAGGAGGAAGGAGCGCAAACGACAAUAUAUUGCUCGGUGGAUGAAAACGUGGGAAAUGAGACGGGACUUUAUUACUCAAGAUGCAAAAUCGCCACUAUGCGCGGGAAAGCAAGAGAUGAUCAAUAUGCUAGAAAUUUAUGGGACUUAUCGUGUCGUCUUUUGCAUUUAUCGCAAGAAAAUGAUUUUGUUGCGUUCUUGAACGCAAUCCCGCUCGUUCAAUCGGAAGAAGAGAAAGACCGAUAUCCUUUGGAGGAACAGGAUAUACAAACUUAUAUGUAAUCGAUUAUUUUGAAUUUUUAAAAUCCAGUUGAAGAUUUUGCAUCAAGAAUGUUACAAGACAAUUUAAAUAAAAUUGAAGAUUGGAUGUAUAAAUGGCAUAUUAAGACCAGCGAAACUAAGUCCUCACAUAAACGUUUACUAUUAAAAGAGAAACGUGUCCACCAGUGAUUUUACACGGCACACAGUUAUCCCAAUGCGAAGAUGUCAGAUACCUGGGACUGCGCUUCGACAGGCGUCUAACUUGGAAGAAACAUAUUUUCAAUAAGCGAAAGCAAUUAGGUAUUCUCUUUAGCAGAAUGUACUGGAUGAUCGGACGUAAAUCUCAGAUGUCUCUAGACAAUAAAAUACUCUUGUACAAGAGUAUAAUCAAACCAAUCUGGCUCUACGGCAUACAAAUAUGAGGCAUUGUAUCCAAAUCAAAUAUUGAAAUAAUACAACGUUUCCAGUCGAAGAUCUUACCAUGGCUAACGCGCCCUGUUAUGUGACAUGAAUCAUUACACAAGGACCUUGGCAUACCUUCAGUCGAGGAGAUCAGGAGAGCGAUACUGAAGCAUAAAUCGAGAUUGCAAAAUCACCCGAACUACCUGGCAACAUCUUUGAUGAACAAAUCGGACUUCUCACGUAGACUGAAACGCAAACUACAGCAAGAUUUAAUCUUGUGAAAUUCUGAAGAUAGGACGAGCCUCUGGGCUUGUACCAUGUAAUUAGGUCACAAAAUUACUGAAUGUCCUUGAAUGCGACAGA